GCAUUAUCCGCACCAUCGAUCUGCCUAUCUACAUCACCAAGAUCAUCGGCAACCAGGUCUUCUGCUUGGACCGUGACUGCAAGACGCGUGUGCUUGAGAUCGACCCCACCGAGUACAAGUUCAAGCUGGCUCUGGUGCAGCGCAAAUACGACGAGGUGUUGUACAUGGUCAGAAACGCCAAGCUUAUCGGACAGUCCAUUAUUGCGUAUCUGCAGCGUAAGGGGUAUCCCGAGGUGGCCCUGCACUUUGUUAAGGAUGAGAAGACAAG